AUGGUAAUAAUCACUGGCCGUGCGAGGCACCUGUCAAAUAAUAUAAAUCCUAAACUUGGCGUAACACAUCGAAGAGCUCUCUCCGGUGUGCACCGGAAGUUGGUUUGUUUAUGAGGUGAUUUCGCAGCGGAGGCCGCGGAGUUCUGGAACGUCGGAAGCCGUUUUUCUGAAAUCUUAGCGGUGCAACGCGUUGAAAAUGCACGACUGAAGAUCCGUUUAGCGAUGGACCGACGUCUCGAGAGAUAGUGGUGAAGUUCUACAGCGUUGCUGGUCUUCACACUGCAAAGUGGUUACGGAAGGUUGUGGCCAAGAGUUCCUCUGGAAAUGCAUUCUGGGUAGGUUGGGCCCAGUUUCAUGGAGUAUUCUGGCUUUGUUGUGGAUAGGAGCGCAGUGCGUCGUUGUGAUUUAGUAAAGAAAAGCCAAUUCGAGCGGUGUCCUUGUGUAGUUUGGAACGCGAGAACAGGAGUCAAGACUUUGAGGGGUCUCGGGCAGUGAUGGAAAUUCAAUUCAACCCGCCACCGUCAUCAAACUUCCACCCAUGACAUCGCCAGCUAGCGCCAUAGCCACUCGCUGCCAGAGCAGUGGGCUAAGCCUAGUGCCUAAGCCUAACUUUCUCGGCGUUCCCGGCCGCAGGGAUGCAAAGACGUGAUUCCCGGGAGCCCCGAGACGAGACUCCCAAGCGUGCAUCCAAAACUACGGCCGCCGCAAGAGCUAUGCAUUCGCAGACAAGGCCAACGGGAUCGAGCAACUCCGGUGUGUUGAUGGUGGGACCCAACUUCAAAGUGGGCAAAAAAAUCGGCUGCGGCAACUUCGGAGAGCUACGAUUAGGAAAGAACCUCUACAAUAAUGAACAUGUUGCAAUUAAGUUGGAACCUAUGAAGUCAAAGGCUCCACAAUUACAUUUAGAAUACAGGUUUUACAAGCUUUUAGGAAACAAUGAAGGCAUCCCAAAGGUCUACUAUUUUGGACCCUGUGGGAAAUACAAUGCUCUGGUCAUGGAACUCUUGGGGCCCAGCUUAGAGGACCUCUUCGACCUAUGCGACCGCAAGUUCUCCCUCAAGACAGUUCUACUUACCGCCAUUCAACUACUUCAUCGAAUCGAGUAUGUGCACACAAAACAUCUGAUCUACCGGGAUGUGAAACCGGAGAACUUCCUCAUUGGACGGCAGUCCACCAAGAAGCACAAUAUCAUCCACAUCAUUGACUUCGGUUUGGCCAAGGAGUACAUAGAUCCUGAAACAAACAAGCACAUUCCCUACCGGGAACACAAGAGCUUGACAGGCACGGCCCGCUACAUGAGCAUAAACACUCACCUCGGCAAAGAGCAAAGCAGAAGGGAUGACUUGGAGGCAUUGGGGCAUAUGUUCAUGUAUUUCCUAAGAGGCAGCCUUCCAUGGCAAGGGCUCAAGGCAGACACCCUCAAAGAACGUUACCAGAAGAUUGGCGACACAAAAAGAGCCACUCCCAUUGAGGUGCUAUGUGACGGUUACCCUGAAAUGGCCACAUACUUGAGGUACGUUAGGCGGCUAGACUUUUUUGAGACUCCAGACUAUGACUACCUGAGGAAAAUGUUUCAUGACUUGUUCGAGCGCAAGGGCUAUGUUGAUGAUGGAGAGUUCGACUGGACGGGGAAACAGAUGUCAACCCCCGUGGGGUCCCUCCAGACUGGACAGGAGGUCAUCGUUUCCCCAAACAGGGAAAGGCACAUUACUACAAAUGCCCGGUCAAACCCCCAGAAGAAUGCAUGGUUGGACCAAAGCAACCCACGGCAGGCUGGCAAUACGCUGCUUGCUGAAAAGCUAGUGCAUCAGGGAGGCGGGGCUGGUGGUGUGCCCCAGGGCUCGGUUCAGGUCGUCUCUUCUACCAACGGCGACCUUGCCAACGAUGACCCAACCACGGGGCACUCAAACACCCCUAUCGCAUUACCUGUCGAAGUGGAGGUCGUCUCAGAUACCAAGUGCUGCUGCUUCUUCAAGAAGAAGAAAAAAAUAGGGCGCCAGAAGUGACUGGCCCUAGCGGCUUCGGCCACACCUGACCAGGAGGCCACGCUGCUCUGGACGUCCCCUUCAGAUUCCAAGGAGAGUGUGCCCUGUGCUGCCCCUCCGCACGCCACGGUGGCUGCUGGUGCACCACAUGUCUCGUCCUCGGCCUUCUGAAGGCACCGCGCUAUUUAUACCAGACACUCCCCACCAUGCCUCACGAACCACCCGGACUGCUGAGGAAGAGACGUGUCGCCCACCUCUUUUUCGAUGCUCGGUCAGUUCCGAGAGGGGCACAUUGCCACUGUGUCAGACGUGUUGUGCACUCUUACUCGCAUGGUGAACAGACAGGAGGCAGGGCUUUCUUUAUUUUGUUUUAUUUUUUCCCCCUUUUCUGUGAAGGUAUUUGCAGUGGCCCAACUGUUGCUAGGGCUGUUGUGCAAUGGCAGUGUUACAGGAUGGUAGAACUUGCCCGAGCCCCCCCCCCCCACCCACCCUUUUCUUGUCCCUAUAUUGUUUCAUUACCAGGUGACCUGUCUUGCCAGUUACUACACACCCAUGGACAUGUGCUGUCAUAAGUUGCCAGUUAUCUUGUGAAUGCAUAACAACUUUAUCUACGGUGGUGUUUUGCAGCAGUCGGCCAUUUUCUUUUUUUCCCCUCUGUUGCAGUUCCAGCUGCUGAAGAGAGCUGUCGAACGAAUAUUUAUGGCAGUUCUGAGGUUCUCGAUGUAACGAUAAGGGUACGUAAGGAUUCACUUUAGAGGCCUCCAAAAAACUUCUUAUACUGCCUGGGAGGAUGACAUUGUCUUGUCUCACCUUCCAUUUGCCCUAGAUGACACGAGAGAGUUCUUUUGUUAAAUAGGUGUCUUAUUAGUCUUAUUACUUUUUCUGCUUUUUACAAAAUUUUUGGUUCUAACAGAAACUGUGGCUCGCUGGCGAGUUAGGUUUUUGUUUUAAUGCCGCUAUGCCUUUGCAGGCCUCUCGCCGUUGUCGUCUGAUGCAUCAGGCACACGUUGAUAAUGUGUGCGCUGAAGAUAGUGCGAGUUUGAGUAGUCCUGGUAACUCUUAGCAGUAGAGAGGGGGAGAAAACAAAUGUUUUCCCACUAAGCAAGAAAACUGAGCAGUGUUUCCUCACGCCCAGCCGCGUCACAUUUUUUGCUAGCUGGCACGUGACAUCACUAUAGUCUUCACGUGUCAAGCAAAAAAAUGCAUCCCUGGUGCAUAUCUGUGCGAAGAGAGAGUAGUCAAGUCACCAAGUGACGGUGGCCGGAGCAAGCGUUGGUUGUUGAGCACAGAUGCAGGGCGGGAUUUAUAGAAAGAAAAGGAAGACAAGUUGCACAUGUGUGAAGGAGCUUGCUGGUCGUGCUCGUAAAGGAUGACGUUAGUAAGUAGAGAGGGUCUGUGUGCUUGAAAGUCUUCUUCUGGCCUGUUCCCCUCCACAUAAAAGCAAAAAAAGAAAAGGAAAAAAAUUUGUGUGUGGUUUCCCACAGUGUACAAAUUGUAAAGAAUAGUUUGUUCUUUUUCCUCUUGAUGUCACAUCGUUCUUUGUACCAGUCUUUCCUAGUUUAUUUUUGUGCUUUGUCUUAUUAUUUUUCGUAAUAAUCAGGUUUAAGGCUGUUGCAACAUUUGGGAGUGUUGGAAGCCAAGGUCGUAGGCACGAGAGUGAUGUCCUGAUUUAAUACAGACAUUAGUGGCGAUGAAGGCCUCUCUCGUCUCUCUAUUCCACGCCCACCCCAAAUUCUAUGCCAUGUAUGUGAUCACUGUAACGGAGUGCGCCGAUUUCCUUCUUGUGUAUAAUACAUCUAUCUAUGCUGCCUUGUACAUAAAAACAUAAUAGGUGAAACAAGAGAUGCCACUGCUUUUUUUUUUCCUCUCUCCCCCCCCCCUUUUCUUUUUUCAUUCUUCAAUCUUCUCUUUUAUCUGGGCAUGUUACAAGCACAGUUGUUGAUGUCUGCUCUCACAGCACUUAUAGUAAAAAAGAUGGUGGAAGUUGUCUGUGCAUGGACCAUUUGUUGCCUUUGCAGCCUUGGCAGUGACGCAAAGGAAAGUACGUUGUUAAAGUGUAGCUGAAAUCUGGUGGUUUCUGGCGCUUUUUGUUCUUUCUCAGCAUGUCGUUUCUGCCGUGGUACUUAGUCAUUUUGUUGAGGCACUGCUUACAGUCGCCCAAUUAUCACACGCAUGUUGUCUCUGCAGUACACCCCAUCUUCCUGAUUUUUCUCGCUUUCUCCACAUCAGCUUUCUUUUUACACUGGAAUGAAUGGUUUUUGAUCUCAUGCACACUGCUGUCGCAUAUGUAUAUUACUUGUUGCCUCUGUGAAUGUGUUUAAUGUGUGUGUGUGUGCAUUCCUUAGAUCGCCUUUCUCCAAGUUCACCCACAUUGAUCAGCGCACAAUACGAUAGGUGGCAAGCGAUGUGGCAAAUUCAUCUCUUUUGUGCUGCUAGCAAAUUGUGUUUUUUGUGCUGCUAGCAAAUUGUGGUGUGCUUUAAUGGUUUUAAUUAUUUCUGGACCCCUUUUGUUGUGUGUUCCUCCCCUUAUCACCUCUUACUGUUCUUUUUUUUUUUAGUUUCUGGUCUUGGUUGCAUGGUAGUUCUCUAAAUAGUUGUAGCAUGGAACAAUGCAAUACCGGUGGAUGUGUUUAUUUUGUGUCUCAAUUGUUUCAUUGUGUUGCAUAUGUGAUCCCACAGUGCUCUUCAUUGUCGCUCAGGUAGCUGUUCCAGCUGCCCAGGGUUGCAAACUCAUAUGGACUUGCUCUUUCUGCUGUUCUUUUUUUGGGGGGGCAUGAAAUGGGCCCUGCCAUGACACUAUUUCCUUUCCCUCUGGACAUUAUUAAAUGAGUCUGAUCGACGAUUAUUAUAUAGGUGGAUGUGAUACUUCGAGCUCAGACAGCCGCAAUAGCAUGUUGCCCCCGCUAUAGACAGUACAUCGGGCAGGGCAUUUUGACAAGUUCUGGCGAAAAGUGGCUGGAUAAAAUUUAGUCAGCUGUUGUAAAAAAAAAAUGCAUCAGACAGCCAGCUUGGCCACUGUCUGCAACAUUAUUUCUUUAGAUAGCACAGACUCUGCUGUUUCAGCAUGCUUGUGCCUCGAUUUCAAUGGUAUCUGAAAACUGUAGGAAGGAGUUUGGAAAGCUAUCCAGCCAGCCGUAUUGUUUAGGACAUGCUAAAUAUUGUCAAUAACACUAAGGAUUGCACAAUAAAAAGUGCCUGGCUAUGGUAGAACUGCGUUGACCGUAGUACUCCCUCCUAUUCUACAAAAGGGGGUGCUAAAAAGAGUGUUCAGUGGAUGAUGAACUGUGGUAAACACACAGCCUAAUGUCUAUCCUCUGAAGUAGAUGGGUGUGUGGUGGUUUCAAAGCAUUUUUCGCCGAGGAAACAUUACCUCUAGUAAUGUUGCUGCCGUCUUUUCCUCUCGCUCGCUGUAGUGCUCGUUAGUCUGUGUGGCAAGCCAAAGAUGUAAUGGAAGGGAAAGUUUGCUUGGGCAUGAGAAGUCCUUGGGAGAUGGAAGCCAGAUCAAAAAAAAAAAAAGUUUCAUUCCAGAACCCCCUUCUCAAUGGUGUGCGACAAUUAUGCUACACAGAUAGCCUUGUGCUGAAGCUGAACUUUGUAUACACACACACAAACGCAAGCUGUUGUGAUAAUCAGUGUGUGCCAGAAAGCUGCAUUUUUUUUUCUAGUACCAAAAUGAGAUACUUGUCAUUUAAAUUUUGAGUAAAAACCAUUCCCUUCUCCUCCCAUCCUUCUCUUACGAAGAUAGUUUAGUCACUCCAGGCCGUUUCUGCUUUUUGUGUGAGUGGUGAGAGAAUAAACUGAAAGCAUGCAGAA